CAACAAGGCCUUGAAAUUUCGAGACUUCACUUCAGAAUCAUCCACAUAACUUUCUUCUCUAUACAGGUCAUUCACAAGUAAAACACACUCGGGAGCGGUACUAAUUUUAUUUUGAUAAAAAAAUAUUUCCAAAAAUUUAUAAAAGUUUUUCAUUACUUCGAAAUGGCUGUAUUCCGUACUGAAUUGGAAGUUUGGGAGCUGAGGACCGCGCUGGUCUGCUGUGUCGGGCUCUUCAUGGCGAAUGCAAAUGUGUGGCGCAUGAAGUGGUCCGCCGAUUUAGCAUCCACUUUGAUUACCUUUUCGACGGUAAUGUUGCUGCACCUCUUUCGGAUGAAGAAGACGCCCCCAGUUACCAAGACUUGGCAUCUAUGUCUGGAUGUCCUUCUGUACUACUUGGGCAAUCAAGUCACAAUGGCUCUAAUUUGGCAGCAAUUUUGUAUCGCUUUGGAACAUUUCAAAGACCUGUCGACGGAGUCUCAGGGUUUCAUGGAUAUAUUUAUGGAACGGCUCUCAUGGUUUGCUAUUGUCAAGACCGAUUUCGUUUUUAUCGUAAAGACGGGUUUGGCCCUCCUGAUUACAUACAAGGCAAUGACAUGGGCCUCUUUCCUCGAUUACAUAUUGCCAGUGCGCCGACCCGAUCCAGAAGUGAUGAAGCCGAUAGUAAAACAGAUAGUGAAGAAGAAGCCCCGCGCCCGUAAGGCAUCGAAGAACCGCUCCCGUUCCCGUAAGCGUCGUGCACGCUAGAUGAGAAUAUUCAAGUUUUCAUAAAAUUAUACUGUUACAUUGUUUAUGCGUUAUGGGUACAAGAGUACAAAAAAAAAUUUUAUUGUUACGAACUAAAAAUGAAAGAAUUCUUCAUUUCAA